AUGAAGAGGAACCGCAUCCAGUUCGAGCCCAAUGGCGAUGCCUCGUCUGUGUCACCCCAAGGGGAGCUCACACCGGAGGAUCAUUCACGACGAGGUCAACAUGUGCCGAAGAUCUCGCGGAGGAUACGCGCAUGUACCGAAUGUAAGCGACAUAAGGUCCGUUGCGACAUGAAGGCAGGUGAGUCGAUAUGUUCGCGGUGUCGGCGCAUGGGUCUGGAGUGUGUUGUCAAUAAAAGCCUACAGACAUUACUGGAAGACGAGGCUGAUUGGAAGAACGUGAUUGAGCUGGCAAUGACGGACUUGCUUAGGAAGGCUCAGCUCCCAGAGUUGUCAUACUAUCACAGCGGUGGAUCAAACGAGACCCCCCCGAAGAAGCACCGUCGGAAAGAAUCAACAGUAUCGGUAGACGAGACCGGACUGGCACAAGAUCGGAACAGAAGUGGCGAUUCGGUUGAAAACUCCGCUGGUCGAAUAACAGGUUCAAAUUCUUCGAAUUACACCUUUUCGCAACACCAGCCACAAUAUUCUAUUGAUCGCGAAGAAACAUCUGCAUCUUCCCUGGUGACAGCUCCGAUGGGGAGUCUUUACGAAGUGACACAGCUGAGUGAAAAUAGGGAGAGCUCGCCCGGUCAACAUUAUGCACCCGAUCGAGCAUUGGUCACUGAUUUUAUCUCACGGGGCGUGGUGGACCUGGAAGAAGCAGAGGAGCUGUUUUAUCACUUUGAUCAGGUGCUCAACCGCUACCUUUGGGAUGGAGCAUUGCUGGCACAUAAAGAUCUGACAAAUGUCAGGCGCUCUUCAUCGAUGCUAUCAGCGGCCAUUUUGGCUGUGACGGCGUUGCACUUACCAACUAAGGAACGCACAUUUGAUACUUGUUAUGCUGAGUUUGCAAAGCUGGCAUCGGAGUCAAUGUUAGGACACCACCACACUAUGGAUGAUAUUCGCGCUUUGUGCAUUGGGGCAUUUUGGCUCGCAGAUGUCAGUUGGAAGCUGUCUGGCUACGCCGUGCGUAUUGCUACUGAGCGCAACUUGCAUCAAUGCUACCGCAAGGCUGCCCAGGGGUCUGUAGAGCAUAAAGAGCAGGCUCGUCUCUGGUAUCUUCUAUACACACUUGAGCAUCAUUUCUCUAUCGCAUACGGUCGGCCACCUAUUAUCCACGAGGAUGCCAGUAUUACUCAACAUAACACCUUCACACAGUCCCCAUCUGUAUCACAAGGAGACCUCCGAUUGCACAGCCAGGUUGACUUAUUUAUAAUUCUCACCCGCAUCUAUUUUGCAUUCGGUCCUGACGUGGACCUUGAUGUACCCGAGAGUGAAUUCCCCCAGAUUGAUCGGUUUGAUCAGGACCUUCGAGAUUGGAAAUCGGCGUGGCUACCCCGACUCACCGGGAGUCGACACGUCGGUGCAUAUCCAUAUAAAGCAGUGUACAUGCACUACCAUUUCUCUCGGCUGCAAUUGAAUUCAGUAGCAUUGCGUACCUAUCACUCUUCCACAUCUUCGAAAAUAAUGUCAAUGGAGCGAAGGAAACGCGCCAACAUCGCAAUUGAAUCGGCUAUUGGUACCCUCACUGUUGUCUUAGACGAACAAGACAUCCAGCGGGCUUUAGUUGGCGUUCCGCUUUAUCUUCACAGUAUGAUAACUUUCGCGGCAGUCUUUUUGCUCAAGAUCGCAGUGAAGGCUUGCUCAAAUGCCUCCAACCCCGAGGGACAAGGCCAAAGAAAUUCGAUUGCAUCAGCUGGGCUAUCCGUCGACAUUGGCUAUAUACGAUCUUUAGUCGGACGUAUUGUUGAGAUGAUGGUCUCAUGUAGUCGAAGGGCAAGUGAACGACAUCUAAGCCACCAUAUUGCGCGUGGUUUGCGAAAGAUGCUCACUGGCUUGGAAGAAUGGGAAAAGCGCAACAGUGGCCAGAAACCCCUCGGACAAGCUUUACAGGAGACUCCUUCUCUAUUCAAGCCUGUCAUUAUCCCCGGGGCCCAAAUAUUGGGCGAACGUGAUACUAUAUUAAACCAUCCGCCGCCAUUACUGGGAGUGGCACCUUUGUCCGCCGAACGCAGCAAUGGUAUUGAGGCCGACGUGUUAACCAGUAAACACGAAUCCGGGUUGUCCGAGGGAUCAGUAGACCCCAUGAUGGCGGAUUUGUGGGGAUUCGACGAGGACUAUUUUCCUACUGGAGUCUUUGAUUUCCUACAAAGCCAGAUGCCAGCAUGA